AUGUUGGGAGCGUGGCCGUCGGUCAUUCCACCGCCGCACAAGCUCGCCAAUCAUAACGCGGUUCCAUCUGACACAGGGCUGCCACUGCUUGCUUUACGACGGUGCGAGAUGCGAGAUUUUUUGCACGUGGCAGAUGAUUCGCCGCUACUAUGGCAUCGCGUGCGCAUCCACAGCGCCUCGGGCGCCCAGCGCUACCAACUCACCGAAAUUAUCAGC